AUGACCCAGAAACGCAUUUAUUUUGGUCGCUUCAUCUCCACGCCGAAGCCUGAUGAGCUUCUGAUACGGACUGGCGCCGUGCUGGUGGACAGGAGAAACGGCAGAGGCGUUAUAGAAAAGGCAGACUGGACUGUCAACGGGCCAAACGAUGCCAUCAGCAAGUUUGCUGUCGAGGCGCCGGUUGUGACGGCCGAUGAGAAUGGUUUCUUCUUUCCUGGAUUUAUUGAUACCCAUAUACACGCUUCGCAAUACCCCAAUGCCGGAAUAUUCGGAAAGUCUACACUGCUAGAUUGGCUAACCACAUACACAUUCCCCCUGGAAUCAUCCCUUGGCACCGACAAAUCUCCUAUGUACAAGGAUUCAAUUGAGCCGCCUGAUCCGCUCGCUCGCGCCAAAGCUGUCUACAACAGAGUGGUUUCCAAGACCCUUUCACUUGGAACAACAACGGCAUCAUACUAUGCCACCAUUCACGUCGAGGCGACGAAUCUGCUUGCUGAUAUCACUUUCAAAAAGGGCCAGAGAGCAUACAUUGGACGAGUGUGCAUGGAUCGGCCCGACGCCUGUCCGGACUACUAUCGAGACGAAAGCACCGAGCAGACGAUAGCAAAUACAAGAGCCAGCAUCGAAUACUGCAGAGACCUGGAUCCCUCAGGAGAGCUGGUGGCGCACAUCAUCACGCCGAGAUUUGCGCCCAGCUGUCUACCCGACACAUUGUCUCAGCUUGGCGCAUUGGCCAAGGAGGAGGAUCUCAGAGUGCAGACGCACAUCUCAGAGAACCUGAACGAGGUAAAGUGGGUCAAGGAGCUGUUCCCAGAUCAGUCGAGUUAUGCGGGGGUGUACGAUCACCAUGGGCUGCUGACACCACGAACAAUCCUUGCACACGCGGUCCAUCUCAGCAAGGAAGAAAUGCAACUCAUCCGCCAGCGGAAAACAAAAGUCAGCCACUGUCCCGCGAGCAAUAGUGCACUGGGGAGUGGAUUCUGCCCGGUGCGGACGUUGUUGGACGAAGGGGUUGAGGUGGGCCUGGGCACAGAUGUCAGCGGCGGGUAUAGCCCCAGCAUCCUCGACGCGGUACGGAACGCUUGCAUAAUGAGCCGGCAUGUUGGGUUCUUGAACGGCGGUGAUAGCAGAUUCAACCUCAGCGUGGCCGAGGGGCUAUGGCUGGCUACAAUGGGUGGCGCCAAAGUGGUAGGCAUGCAAGGACGGCUGGGUGGAUUCGAGGAGGGCAUGCUUUGGGAUGCGCAGGAGAUUGUGAUGGGCGACGUUGACUCCAGUGGCGGAGGAGCUGAUACAGGGGUGGACAUCUUUGGAUGGGAAUCUUGGGAGGAUCGAGUGGCCAAAUGGGUGUGGAAUGGCGAUGAAAGGAAUGUGAAGCGGGUGUGGGUUGGGGGGAGGCUGGUACACGAGAGAACCGCCCGGUGA